GUCCGCCGAGUCAGACGGAUUUAAAGCGACCGGCGGCGGCGGCUGGUUUCCCCGGCAGCCGUGGGGCGAUGGCGGCGGAGGCGGCCGGGCCCGGCCUGGUCCCCGCGGCCGCGGGGAAGGUGAAGGAGCUGGCCCUGGUGCUCCAGGAUGAGGCCCGGCGGGGCGGCUACUCGAGCGGGGACACGGUGUCGGGCCAGGUGCUGGUGGAGCUGGCGGGGCCGCUGCUUCUCCGGGCCCUGCGGCUCGAGGCCACGGGCCGGGCCUGGGCGGCCUGGAGCAAGGCGUCCGUCCAGGUCGUCUCUGCCCGGGCCGCGGGGCGGGGCGUCCUGGGGCCCCGGCGGGAGGCCGAAGUGCGGUAUCUGGACGUCCGGCAGAGCCUCUUGCGGCAGCCCCCGGAAGGUGAAGAUGGCUUAUUCCUGUUAGAAGCUGGAAAACAUGAAUUUCCAUUCAGCUUUCAACUUCCACAUGAACCUUUGGUGACCUCUUUUAGUGGAAAGUAUGGCAGUAUUCAGUACUGUGUGAAAGCAGUUUUGGAAAGGCCUGUAGUACCUGAUCAAAGUGUAAAGAGAGAACUUCAGGUUAUCAGCCAUGUUGAUGUCAACUCGCCAGCUUUAUUGAUACCUGUUUUGAGAAGCCAGGAGAAGAUGGUUGGCUGUUGGUUUUUCACCUCUGGUCCAGUCUCUCUGUGUGCCAAAAUUGAGAGGAAGGGAUAUUGUAAUGAGGAAGCCAUACCGAUCUAUGCAGAAAUUGAGAAUUGUUCCUCUCGUUUGAUUGUUCCAAAAGCUGCCAUUUUCCAAACACAGACUUAUCUAGCCAGUGGGAAGACAAAGACUUUCCGUCAGAUGCUUGCCAAUGUACGAGGAAACCCUAUUGCUUCUGGGAGUACCGAUACCUGGAAUGGGAAAACUCUGAAAAUCCCACCUGUAACCCCUUCCAUUCUUAACUGUUGUAUCAUCAGAGUAGAAUAUUCUUUAGCUGUGUAUAUCCAUAUUCCUGGUGCUAACAAGUUGAUGAUUGAAUUGCCAUUGGUGAUUGGCACAAUUCCAUGUACUGGGUUUUCAAGCAGAAACUCCAGUGCUAGCCAGUUCAGCAUGGACGUGAGUUGGUUGGCACUGACCAUGCCGGAACACCCUGAAGCACCACCAAAUUAUGCUGAUGUAGUAUCACAAGAAGAGUUCUCUAGACAUGUUCCUGCUUACUCACAACCAGUUGACUGUGAGGAACAAUUAUGUGGUCACAUGUUUGCCUAUAUACAGGAGUUCCGGUUUCAGCCUCCACCUCUCUAUUCAGAGAUUGAUCCACAUCCUACUCGUAUAGAAGAGAUGCAGUCUGUUUCAUUCAUGCUCUAAACAAUAUUUGAAAUUAAAUGGAAUUCCUUAUGCUUCAGCUGUUAGUAAAGCUAAAAGGAAAUUGCUUUCUCAUUAAGAGCUUAAGUUCAGAAACAAAAUGCAAAGGCAAUUGGAGUUGGAAAUCUGAGCAUGUUUGGCAUGAAAAGAAUCCCUUUUGGAUUAGUCUGCAUAGGAGAUGUGGGUGUCAAAUGUAUGUGACUAAGUGGGAGCAGCCAAGAUUAAAGGUGUGGGAAGUCUUUGAGAAUAUUCAUAAAGAAGAGAUACUACAUAAAGUACAAGCAAGAGUUUUAAGGAUGUAUCAAAGAGGAAUGAAAAUGUACUUACACUUACGAACUGCUUGGAAGAAUCUGAAUUAAAGUACAUUUGUAUCUCAAGAAUGAGAGGUAUGAUAGAAUUUCCAAAAGAUUCUCCUGUGUUGCAGGGGCUUCAUUUUGCACUGUCUCUAUAUAAUCAAGAAAAGGAACACUAACUAAAAUCUAGCUCUAACUCCAGCUACAAACAAACUUUUCAUGGGAACAUAUCCUUCUAACAUCAGUCAAGUGGUACUAUUUCAUCAUUCAUGCUGAAUUUAAAGUUGUCAUGGAUGGCAAAAUAUAGCUAUUACUGCAAUAUUAUGAAGGAAGUCUUUAUUGUGUGAAAGAUAAACUACUUAAAAGAGAAAGUUGGACUUUGAUAACAGCUUAUGCACUAUGUGGGGAGCUGGGGGGGAGGGGUUUAGGAGAUCUCAAGGGAAUUAUUCUAGCCUCUUGUGCUCCUAUAAUAAUUUUGUGUGUGUAUCUUAAGCUUGUGGAUAGCAUGAUAAUGGGACGCAAGGCAAGGAACAAAGAAUGUAGUCUUGCCAGUAGCAGAUACAUUUAUCAAAGUGGAUUUAUUCAAAAGCCUUUUAAGCCUACCUCUGUUUUGGAUAUCUAUUAAGGGUCAGACUGAGACCAAAAACAUCUAAGACUCGCACUAAUCUGCAAGGUUCUAAAAGGGACCCUAAACUUCUGCGGUUAACAAAUGAAAAAGAGGCAAGGGAGUUGUGGAGGAGUAUAAAUUUAGUUUAGAUCUGAAGUCAAAGCAGAAAGCAAAUGUAUUUUGACCACCAUCAACCAGCAAGGGAACAUUCUUCUGUAAAGGCACACAUUUUUUCCAUUGGUUUCUGUGAUUUUGUUCAAAGACCUAGUCUCAUCGGAGGUUGCACUCUUCAUUGUUAUCCAUGCUCUAGUAUUUUUCUUGUCUGCAAUUUUGCUUUGGUGCAAUAUUUUACUAUUUUCUUCCUCAGGUAACUUAGAACAGUGAGAUUUUUCUUGCUGCUAAGGAUGAAGGUGCUGCCUGCCCUUACUACCUUCGUCUAGAGUAGAAUGUUAGAUUACCUACACAAAUUCAUGCUUAGUAGAAAACAAACAGAUGGCCACACUGUCAGCAGUUCGCUUGAAAAAAAGCAGCAGAAAAAUGGCAUUCUCAAUGUGCAAAUGUCCAGUUUACAGUAGUGUUAGAUGUAUGGUUUUUUGAAUUGCUUUGUAUAUCUGACAAAAGGAUUGUGGGUUGGAGAUGCUAGUGCUUCAUAUGGUAAACACUGUAUUUCUUUGGUGAUUAAAAGUAAGUGUCAUUGCAACUUCUAGCAAACUGCAGUUUUAAAAAGUGUUUUUUUAAAUGGUUUUAUUAAAAAAAAAAUACUUUAUUCACUUAAGUGAAACGGGGAUUUUUCUGCAGGCAUAUUUAUUUUCACUUUGUCUCCAUUCUUUAGUACGACUUUUUUUUUAUUUUUUAUUUUAAUUUCUAACUCUUCAGUAAACUAUUGACUCACCAUUGUGUAUAAUAGAUGUGGUACUGAUGCAGAUACAUGCAUAUUAAAAAUGCAGGUUUAACUAUUGUCUUCUCUAGCAAAUGCAGCUUUAACUAAAAUUUGACUCCAUCUUUUAGAAGACACUUGGAGUUGUCUUAAAGUCUCAAUUCAAUAUAGCUGUCUUGCUUCUUGAUGGCAUGCCUCAUUUAGUCAAUGCAGUAUUUUAAUUUACAGCACCUUAAAAGGGAACAAACACAUACACACACACACACUCUCUCUCUCUCUUCCCCCCCCCCCCCCCCAACGAAAAUAUCAUUUCCGUCCUAACUAAACUGAUAGCCAGGCUGUUGUUGUUGUCAUACAGAAUUAGCCUAAAAAAUUGAGGUGCUUAUAAUGAUUAAAAACCUAAUGGUUGAUACGUUAUCUGGGUAGUAUGUUGGUACAAACCUGAUCAUGCAAGCAAGUGUAUGUGUCAACAAAAGGUAAAGAUGCAUCUCUAGUUUAAUUUAAUAAAAAUAAAAAUCCUUGGGUUGCUUUUUGUUUGCGAGAAAACUGUGGCCUUAAAUUAUGGCAAAAAGAAGAUUCUUAAGCACCCAAGGACCUUUAAGGAAAGGAUGAAAGUUUGAAGGCUCAAUUCUGCUCUCUGAUACCAGGUUUAGAGAGUGGAAUCUGGUCCUUUGCACAAUAACAAAAUUAGGGUGAAGGUGGUUUGUUUUUGAUAACUGUGAAACAGGUUUUAAAAAAAAAACAAAAAAACUUGCUAUUCAAAACUUUAACGUACAAGGAUAUGUAUCUUGUAUUUAUGAGCCCUGUGGGUUCUUUUUGUUUGUUAAUAAAAAUGUAAAACUUA